AUGCCGGAGGCGACGAGAAAUGGUGAGAUGCAUCGAGAAAUUGAAGAAAUCAGAGAACAAGUUAAGGCGAUGGGAGAAAAACACGAUGAGGUGAUUGGGGAAAUUAGACAGCUAAUAGCGGCAAUGGCGGCGAAUCAACAAGCGUCGGCGCCACCAGUAGCGGUCCCUCCAGCUGCGAUUCAUGAGAACGAUGAGGAUUAUCUUGACAGAGGCAACUAUCUUGACAGAGGUAACCCUAAUUACAAAUACUCUCGAGUAGAAUUUCCUAAGUUCAACGGGAAUGAUUUGGAAGGGUGGAUUUAUCGAUGCGAGCAAUUCUUUGAAUAUAAGGGAACGAAUGAGGAGGAGAAGGUUAGAAUAGCAGCCAUUAACCUAGAGGGCAGAGCAUUAAAAUGGCAUCGAGCAAUGAUGAAGGGCCGAGUGGGUAGGGGAUUACCCAAUUGGAAUGACUACCUUAGGGGGUUAUACCAUAGAUUUGGCCAUACCUUACAUGAAGAUCCGAUGGCAGAGCUAAUUAGCUUGAAACAAACGGGGAGUGUGCAGGAUUUCUUGGAUUCUUUUGAUGGGUUGUUAAACCAAGUUGAGUUAUCUGAGGAAUACUCUAUCAGCUGUUUUUUAAAGGGACUAAAACCAAAAAUUAAGGUACAAGUGAGGAUGUUAUCUCCACGUACUCUAACAAAAGCCUACAGCCUAGCCAAAUUAGUUGAACAUUCCCUGAACUUGCAAAAGAAUCAGAGGAGUUUCAGACCCUUAUUACCUACUCCAGCUUCUUCUGGGAAUUCAAACUCCAGGGGAAACCUACAGAUUCAAGGGGCUGGGAGUAGCAGAAAUGUAGAAGGGAACAGGUUCUUGGGUUCCAACGGGAAAUCUGUAGUGAAGGGAUCUAGGAGAUUAUCCACAGCUGAGAUGGAUGAAAGGAGAGCCCAAGGGUUGUGUUUUUGGUGCGAUGAGAAGUUUGUCCCUGGUCAUAACUGCAGGGGAAGGAAGCAAAUGUAUCUGCUAGAAAUAGGAGAGGAGGAAGAAGACUGGGAGGCUACUAAAAAUUUUAUUGAGGAGGAAAAUAGAGAGGAAUCAACUUUAAGUCCUCAGAUGUCUGUUCAUGCACUAGAUGGAACAGUAGACUACAGAACAAUGAGGGUAAAAGGGGGUGUAAAAGGUAAGAUGGUACAUGUUUUGAUAGAUACAGGGUCUACUCAUAACUUCAUGGACCUGGAUGUAGCUAAGAGAUUGGGGUACAAGCUGGAAACUAUUUCUCCAUUCUCUGUAGCAGUUGCCAAUGGUAGCAAAAUUCACAGCAGGUACAUGAGUAAGGGGAUUACAUGGAAGAUGCAAGGAGUGGAAUUCAGAGCUGACAUGUUAGUCAUGCCUCUGGGGGGAGCAGAUGUUGUCUUGGGAAUACAGUGGCUAGUCACUCUAGGGGAUAUUAAAUGGAACCUUAGGCAGCUGAAGAUGGAGUUGCAAAUUGGGGGUAAAAAGGUGUCACUCAGAGGUAGCCAACCAGGUGCUCCUAAGUUGUUAGACAAUCACAAAAUGCAAAGAUUGCUGCACAAAUCUGGGGAGUUGAGCAUGAUGAUCACAGCUUAUGUUCAACCAAUCGAAGGAGAACUUGCUACUUUGAACUUCCAACAAGGGCAGGACUCUGAUGACUUGCAGAGGUUACUGGCCAAACACACUGGUCUCUUUGAAGCACCUAGAGCUUUACCUCUUCAAAGAAGUCAUGAUCACAAGAUUAUACUCAAGGAAGGAACCUCCCCUAUCAAUGCCAGACCCUACAGAUAUGCUGCUAACCAGAAAGAUGAGAUAGAAAAAAUUAUCAAAGAGAUGUUGGAUUCUGGUGUCAUCAGGCCUAGUGUAAGUCCCUAUUCCUCACCUAUUGUCAUGGACAAAAAGAAAGAUGGUACUUGGAGGCUUUGUAUAGACUGUAGACAAUUAAAUAGUUGCAUUGUUAAAGAAAAAUUUCCAAUUCCUAUGAUAGAGGAACUAUUAGAUGAAUUGGGAGGGGCAAAGUUUUUUUCAAAACUAGAUUUAAGAUCUGGUUAUCACCAGAUUAGGAUGGCUGACCAAGAUAUUGAAAAGACAGCUUUUAGAUCCCAUAAUGGACACUAUGGGUUUAUGGUUAUGCCCUUUGGUUUAACCAAUGCACCCUCCACUUUUCAAAGUUUGAUGAAUCAUAUAUUCCAAACCUUCCUCAGAAAGUUCAUACUUGUAUUCUUUGAUGACAUUCUAAUAUACAGCUCUUCUUGGUCAUCACAUUUAGUACAUUUAGAACAAGCCUUCAAAAUCUUGGAGGAUAAUAAUUUGUUUGUCAAGCUUAGAAAUGUACAUUUGGUCAGACAAAGGUAUAGUACUUGGGCCAUAUUAUCACUCAAGAAGGGGUAG